UGGCGGACGCCGUUGACGCUGACACCGACAUGCACAUAGAUGAUGAUAAAGCAUUGACGAUUGAAGCUGCAGAGGUUGUUAAAGAAAUUGCCUACGCAGUUAAUGAUGUUCAGAUUUCAUCUAUGCUUCCUGCAGAUGUCAACUUAAUCUAUAUUAAUAUAACGACGAAGGAGAACCAACAUCUAUGUGUUGAACUGUCCCUUCAAGGUUUCAGGGUGGUUGGCUACCAGUACAAUGAGGUGAACCCCCAGCAUUAUUCCCGGCACUAUGAGACAAUCUACAGCCUGCUGGACAGCCACAGUGCAGAGUACCGGAGCACAUUCUGUGAGACGCUCACUCACAAACUGCUUAGCCUACAGCAACGACACAGUGGGGAGGAAGACACAUCUGACGACCAGAUGGACACCAAAUGACGGCUGCUUUGACUUAGGAUAUUAUCUGAUUAGGACACUGCUACAUGCACAUACAUUUUCUUACCUUUCCCUGCACUGAGGAUAUGAGACAAAGAUGAAUGUGCCUGAAUGUAUAAUAUACACUGAUUAUAUUGUGUACAUAAUGGAUUCUGUAUGCCAUAACGUUGUACCUUAAGUGCACAUCAGAGCUGUGUUAUUUUCAAGUUUCAUUAUUGUAAAGAAUUGUUUCCAGGAGAUGUUUUGCUGUAUAAAGCUGUGGGUGUGUACAUGAUACGUGAUGGUCGCGAAAGUACCGCAGGAUUAUUUUUUUUUUAACUUUAUUUUUUGGUUGCUGCUUAUUUCCUGCAGUGAAGAAAGUAGUUUAGUUGUUCAGAAAGGGAGGGAGAUUGAAUUGUGAAUGAUCAAAUGUUAGUAAACGAAUCUAGUUUACUUUGGGAAAUUCUUGAAAUGAAUUGGAGAUAGUUUCAAAGGUGAUGGGGAAAAAUACAACCAAAAGAUUUCUUAAGUGUAAGCAUUCAGUAUUCUGUGCACAUUCCAUUUUUGUGUAUCUUUGGAACUUUGGGGUGGGGAUUGGGGCAACUUGUGGGGGGUGACUGUGAGCUGUUGUUGACAAUCCUUUGAGAUAAUGAGAUAUAUAAUAUAUAUUAAACUCCUUGAUCAUUUAGGAUAUGUGCAUAGCAAUUUUUUCUUUGCGAGUGGCCUUUAGUGUGUGGAAGAGUAUGUUGUAGGUCGUCUUUGGCAGAGAAGGGUGGCAGCUCGAACAUGUUUGCUGAGUGUUCUGUGGGAUGCAGAUAACUUUGGGUUCAAAUUUUUUUUACUGGAACUUUGCUGUGCUUGAAUAUUCAUAAUUUUUUUUCUUGAAAUAGUUUUAGUUUUUAACCCUUUGGUGGUCUUACUUUGAGAAGGGGGACUAAAUAUUGUCUUUCUGUUUGAGUGGAGUUGUCUGGCAAGGUUUAUCAACCAAUUGUUUUGCUUUUGUUGUUGCAACUCUUUGUUUUUGUUUGUGAUUAUGUUACCUUUGACUCCUGUCAAAUUUCGACCUCUAUGCAGUGCCAUGUUAUGUGGACUUUGCUUUUUGUGAAAGACAAUCCUGAGCCAGUCUUUUCUAGGAUUGGGUGUAGGUGUGUAGCUUUAUAUUUCUAGGGUGAGUAUGGGCAUGUAUCUCUAUCUUUUUUUCUAGGGUUGAAUCCGGGAGUUUGUCUCUAUGAUAUUUUUAGAGUUGUGUCUGGACAUGUAUCUGUAUGGUAUUAUUUCUAGAGUUAAGUCUGGAUGUAUAUCUCUAUGAUAUUUCUAGGGUUGAGUCUGGGCUUUCGUCUAUGUUUAUUCCUGUACUCGCCUGGUUGCUUAGAAAUGACUCCUGAUGAGCUUCUAAUAUAUGUUGUGUUUGGGGAUCUGUCUGUUUUUAAAAAUAUUUUUUAUUACUUUUAGUGAAUUCUGGCUGCUUUGGUUGCCUACUUGAAAACUUUCUGUUUACCAGCUUUGAAUGACUGUUGGAUAACUGUGCUGUUUGUUGGCUCAGCUCUUGAAAAAAGAAAGGAUUGCGUGUGGUCAAAAAUUGACAACUUCCAGUUUUGCUUGGUGGGGGGGAGGGGGGGGGAGUUCAUUUCUAUGCGCUCUGUGUUUUACGCCAAUUUCUAUGCAAGCUUGUAUGUCUUGUCUGUCUGUUGUCAUCGUGCUCAGACAUAUGUUGCAAGUUUCUGGUCUGUUCAAAAAGUUUUUUUAUUGAUGCUUGAAUGUGAGACAGAGCUGUUUGUCUUGAAUAUUGCUCUAUGAAGUCCUUGCUGGUGUUAGGAAGAAAAA